GUUGAUGUUGUAAAGCUUGAUGAUUCUCACACAGGUUUUGUAGAAGUUAUCUUUGGUGGCGUGCUCUGAAACGCUGUUUGUGGCGGUGGUGUAUAAAGAAGAAAGAAUGGUGGCUCGAAAGUUUCAGGUUCUACACGAUGCAUCCAACUUCGACGUUGACUACGACACUGACGAUGGCCUCGAAGUCUCUCUCUCGCUUUCUCUACACCCUUACCCUCUUUCUCUAUAUCUGUCUCUGUAAAUUGUUUAGUUGUCUUUUUCAGGUUUUCAAAUUCCAGCUCUUUUCUCUCACCUCUGUUCCUCCCGACGAACAAAAGAUUGUUGGAGUCAAUGGUGAUCGGAUUGUAUCCACCGAUUCCGACCUCGUUGAUAUCUCGGAGAAACUCCGAUUGGUUUCGAUCGAUGAAGAAGACAAUAAGGGAUCCAGUAGUAGUAGCCACGAUGCCGAAUUACUGAAAUCCGACGAGGAAUUGGCUCGACUGUUGCAGGCGGAGGAAGAGGCGCUUCUGUUUCAGCAGUAUGUCGCAGCUGAAGAUAAGGGACAAAUUGAGGGCAGAAUUCGCCCUUAUGUCGAUCAAGUUCGUUUGUAUGAGGAUCCUGUGCGUCAGGAGGCUGCUCGAAAGACAGUCCCUAUAGAAGAGCUUGAGGAGAAAGCAUUGGUUUCUUUGGCCAAGGAGGGGAAUUUUAAUCCAUCAAAAACAGAACAAGAUCAUGCUUUCCUGCUGCAGCUGCUUUUCUGGUUCAAACACUCCUUCAGGUGGGUUAACUCACCCCCUUGUGAUGGCUGCGGCCGUGAAACCAUAAAUCAAGGCACGGGUGCUCCACUUCCUUCAGAGCUUCGCUUUGGAGGUUCUCGAGUUGAGAUUUAUAGAUGCAACUUCUGCUCAGGAGUUACUCGUUUCCCACGCUACAAUGAUCCCUUGAAGCUUAUUGAAACAAGAAGGGGACGUUGUGGGGAGUGGGCCAAUUGUUUUACACUUUACUGUCGAGCUUUUGGCUACGAUUCCCGCCUGGUCUUGGAUUUCACAGAUCAUGUUUGGACAGAGUGCUUCUCACAAUUUUUAGGAAGAUGGAUUCAUCUAGACCCUUGUGAAGGUGUGUAUGACAAACCUCUGUUAUACGAGAAAGGGUGGAAUAAGAAAUUAAAUUAUGUAAUUGCUAUUGCAAAAGAUGGAGUUUAUGAUGUCACAAAACGGUACACGAAGAAAUGGCAUGAGGUUUUGUCUCGACGUAACAUUAUUACGGAGUCUGCAUUGUCCACUGUCCUUAAUAAUAUAACUAAAGAUUGUCGAAGAGGCUUUACAUCUCAUGUGCUUUCUAUUCUUGAUGACCGUGAUGAGAAGGAAAGGCAAGCACUAGAGGAAGAUUUACAUUCCACAGAUGAUUCUUCAAUUUCAUUACCUGGUAGGCAAAGUGGGGACAAGCAAUGGCGCAAGUCUAGACUAGAAUUUGGUUCUGAUGAGAAUUGCUCCUUGAGUUGCUCUUCUUGCCCAGUUCGUGUAUGCGUGGAUGAACAUGUUACAAGAAUAAAUGAUGCAUUCCUUCCCAUACUUUCUCGUUUUGUUGCGGAAAAUCUUCCCCAAUCUAGAGCUAUUCAAGUGCUUGAAAUUCUUAAAGGAGUUAUCUUGGAUCUUCAAAACUCCUCUUUUAGAAAUAGGAAGGCCUCAAUUGAUUUAUAUUUAAAUAGUAGUGAACCUCUCUUGCCUCAGUUAGUCUCCUCUUUUGAUGAGCUACUUAGUUCUCUUUCACUGAGUCAUAAGGUGGGCACAGAUGGGAGGGUUGAUAUUUGUUUGGCCGGCAAUCCUGUAAAAACCUCUAUAGGACUUCCUGUUGCAUUGGAUGCUUUGGAUGAUACAAUCCACAACCUUAAAAAUUGUAACAACUUCAGUAAAGAUUCUCUUUCCUUGCCCCUUUUGAAGUUAAAUAGAAUACAUUCUGGUUUAGUCCUUGCAAGUGGCGAAGAAAUUCCUUUUGGAAUUGCCACAUCAGCAUUUGAUGGGAUUCGUGCAACUAAAUGGGAAGAACCAAAUGGUGCAAGAGGUUGUUGGAUCAUGUAUAAAGUGUCAGACAACCAGAAGCACAAACUUGCAGCAUAUGAGUUAAUGUCUGCCAAUGAUGCACCAGAAAGGGAUCCAAUGGACUGGGUUCUUGAAGGAAGCAAUGAUGGGGGAUCCACCUGGCAUCUUCUGGAUGAACGAAUUUCACAAAUGUUUGGUGGCCGUUUCCAGCGUAGAACAUUUAAGGUUGCAUCCAUUGAUCUCUUAUCAGAUUUUUUCAGGUUUCGGUUUCUGGCAGUACGAGAUGUAAAUUCAACUUCAAGGACGCAAAUAGGUAGCAUUGACUUCUAUUCAGCAAGCAGUUGAUGUUCAGAGACUACAAUUGUCGAUCAAAUGGGUGUUUCCCCUCUUAUAUAAGUUGAUUUCAGCAUUUACAAGGCCUUUGUAUCGGCUAUUGCAUUGUAAACCUUUGGGUAAAUGUUUUCUUUCUGCCUUUCCUUAUGGCUAGUCGAUGGUCUUGGAUUGUCCGUGGACUUCUUAUGUAUUUUUCCUCAUAAAUUCAUAAUGAAUAGGAAAUGAUUGAUGUUGUACCUUCUAAUUAGAUUUCAUCUCACUUAGAAAUCUAGAAAUAACUUGGCCGUUCUCCCAUCGGUGCUGAAAUGUAAAGGAUUCUAAUGUUGACGUUAUAACUUUUAAUAGUGACUCUUUACCUAAUGUUUUAAUGCU